AUGUUGAAUCAGGCUCGAUGGCUUAUGAUGGUAAUAGCAGCAGCCUUAGCUCUGCAAUCGAAAGGCGAGGGAGGUAUAAGACUGCCAGAUCAACCGCCUAGAGAAGAGACCGAAGCCCAAGCGUCCGGUCGAGGGCUGCUGGAUUGGAUCGGUCUUGGUGAAGAUCAAGAUCCAUACAUCCAGCAGGCGACGCAACAAUGUAUCAACGGUGAUUUGGCCGACUGCUUUAAGGCCCAGGCCUUGAGGUCCUUCGAUGAUUUCUUCGACAAGCAAGCUUAUCAACUCUCAGACAACGCCGUGUUGGUAAAGGUUGAGUCUCAGGCUCGAGCACUCGCCCAUGAACCACCAGAAUUAAGUUCUCAGCCACGCAGUGAAGAUUCAGAUUGGGAUGCACUGGUUAAAUUUGGAAUGCGCAAAAUCGAACGGUUUUUAAGAUCGACAGCUUUAGAAAUGCAGCUAGACGAUGAAGUCACGUCAAAUGGUGUCAUUGCACCUCGGUUCUUGGAUCAAAUCGCAGAUGAGGUCGACAUCAUUGAAGAUAAGAAAGCACCUCCUUUCCGCCGCCAUAAGCUGAAGAAGCUUAUUAUUCCAAUGCUGUUGAUCCUCAAGCUGUUCAAGCUGAAACUGCUUCUCUUCCUUCCUCUGAUCCUCGGACUCGCCAGCUUUAAGAAAUUCCUCGGAUUCAUGGCGCUCAUUGUUCCCGGUGUUAUCGGCUACUUCAAAUUCUGCAAACCUAAUCUAACAUCACCAUUCUCGUCCAACCAUUACACCGGUCCUCAGUAUUCUCCUGCUGGAAUCGGUAUUAACCACGGCCCGUAUAGGGAGAGUCACACCCCUGUUCACUACGGCCAGUAUGAAAGUUACCCUGGUGGUAACAAAUACGGUUCCAACGGCGUCGCCUUUAGAGACCACGAUUUGAGCGCCCAAGAUCUCGCGUACCAAGGCUGGGAGUACAGAAAUAAGAAUGGAGGGGAAGAAAUCAAAGCAGAGGAACCU